AAAUAAAAGUGGAAAUUGGGGGAGAAGAAGAGGGAGGCCGCCAGGUAGGUGUAGGGUCCCUCCAUGUUCAUGUUCCCUUCUGGGUCGGUGCACCGUGAUUAGACUGAGAAGAAUCCAGCGAGCCUGUGUGAGAUGUGAAUGGAAACAUAUCACAGCCUGGCGUCGCUGCACGGGACGGCAGAGGCCCUCCAAUUGGGCGUCGGGUGCUUCCUUUCGUGGUCUGACCAACACCGGGCAUGCACAGUGCUCGCAAAUGUUGGGAUGAGCUCAAAUUGGGAAUCUGCCAUCCUCUUUCGAGUCGUUUUGGGGGUGCGAGUAUCCGUACCUAAGGUACCUAACCGGACAGUACUCAAUAGCAGCUAUGGCACGUCCCGGGCUAAGAUUGUACCGAGCGGAAGAGGGGACAUGAUGAACAAACAACAUGCCUAUUCCGUCAAGUCGUUGGGGGGUUGGCAAUCGCGGGGAGUCGAUGUUUCGGGCAAGGUCCGAUCUCGCAGUGGCCAUUUCCAGGCCUCUUUGCGCGGCGGGCGUGUGCAGCAACCGUCGGGAACGUCAAAUUGCCUGCCCCGCUGCCGCUUGCCGCGGCCGCGGCCGCUGCUGCUGCAUCCGAUCAAGAUAGCAAUCGCAUGUAGGUACGUACUGUACCUGUUCGAUUCUGUAAGAGUAUGGAAUGGAACGGCUGAAGAUCUCCGAAAGAAUAAAAGAACAAAACCCAAAAGCAGAAAAGGGGGAGAUAAGGGGAGGGGGCGCGAUAAGCCCAGCUGCGGGAGAGGCAGGAUGGCCCGCAUCCGCAAAAAUAGAUGGCUUCCCGUACCGUACUGUACAGCACAGUGCCUAAGCCCCAUCACGAGUCGAAUCGAGGGGACGCGAUUGGCGACGACAUUUGGGGGUCUCGAUCGCCAUUACCUUCCAUUUCUUUAAUUUCCAAUUGGCAAUCUCUAACACGAGAGAGAAAACUUGCCGCAACAGCGCCGCGAUUGCGCCGCCGACUUCAUCAAUGCACCCACUCUCGUCUGUUGCUGCCGGGCAAACAAGAUCUACCUGGGCGCACACAGACGUUAAAGUAGCGAGAGGAAUGAAAGGAACAUGUACUCGUAAUCCGU